AGCCACGAGUUGCAGCCAAGUGAGGAAGACAACGCACCAGAUUUAUUCUGAGGGAACCAAGAUCAGCACCUGUGCAAGAUGGAGUACCAGGGACAGCAGCAGCACGGCCAGGCGACCAACCGCGUCGACGAGUACGGCAACCCGGUUGCCGGACAUGGCGCCGGCACCGGCAUGGGCGCGCACGGCGGCGUUGGCACCGGCACCGGCGCGGCCGCUGGUGGGCAUUUCCAGCCCACGAGGGAGGAGCACAAGGCCGGCGGGAUCCUGCAGCGCUCCGGCAGCUCUAGUAGCUCCAGCUCGUCUGAGGAUGAUGGCAUGGGCGGGAGGAGGAAGAAGGGCAUCAAGGAGAAGGUCAAGGAGAAGCUCCCUGGUGGCCACGGCGACCAACAGCACACCGAUGGCACCUACGGACAGCAGGGUACUGGCAUGGCCGGCACCGGGGCGCAUGGCACCACGGCCACAGGCGGUACCUAUGGGCAGCCGGGACACACCGGAAUGACCGGUACUGGGACGCAUGGCACCGACGGCACGGGUGAGAAGAAGGGCAUCACGGACAAGAUCAAGGAGAAGCUGCCCGGACAGCACUGAGCCCCGCCCGCGGCCGCUACUUGUGAAAGUUUGAGGUGCCGGUCUGGCCACCUCUGCAGAAUAAAACUAUGUGAAUACAAUAAAAUUUCCCGAAAUAAAACUUCCCAAAAUAUCUGAGUUCCGAGUUCUGUGGACUUGAAUAUGGGCUUCUUGUAUGUACUCGGGAGUCGGGACGUUUUGUGUUAUGUACUUUGGUGUGUGAAUUUUCUUUUGGUUGAAACUAUGUGGAUGUGUACUAUAUAAGUAAAUCGUGGUGUAUACAAUAUAGUUUGCCCAUUUACUUCAGCUUUUUGUGCCACUUAA